AUUCCUAUUUUAGUUUUCCAUCAUCUUAGCUGCUAAGAAUAUGGGACUGUUUUCCAAAGGAGGCUUUAAAAGAAAAGCGCAAAAAAAGAACAUUAAAAUAAAGAAAAAAUCUGAGGCGAAAAGCAACAAACCCCGUCCAAAGUCAAACCGUACCUCUUCUGGUAAAAUACCGAGUAAAUCAAGUACACCGCUGAAGGAAAGAGGCUUGACAGUAGAGCAGGAGCAGCAGAAAAAGAAGAAAACUUCGGAAAAUACAAGAACUGAAGAUUUUCGAGAACAAGAGGAAGAUGCUGUGAACGAGGAAGCUGAUGCAAAACCGUCGAAAAAGGCCCGCGGAAAAUCAUCCAGGCGUAGAGAAGGCCUAGUUCCCACUCCGAUUGGUCAAGAUCUGAACGUUGAAGUUACCAGCAGAGGUAUUGACGAUACUGAAAUGAAGCGAGUUGUCGAAAAGUUCAAGCUAGAAAAGAAGAAUGCCACUCCAAUCACUGCACCAAUCGAUGAAAAAUCAAAACUAUUGAUGGACAGACUUCCAACAAAGAAACCCUGUCCUGUACAGAAAGAUAAUGGAAUGGAUGAAGCAUCUUCUUUCUACACAAAGCCGAAGGAAGCAAAGAAGAAAUCAGAAGUAUCAGUUUUCUUGAAUAUGGAUGAUUAUGACCAAUUUCCAAAGUUGGCUGAUGUUCUGAUGAUGUCCCCAUAUAAUGUGUUCAAUGCAGAUGGAGUUCCAUUUUGGGCUGUGAAUCCUGAGCCAAAUGAUGAAGAUUUGAAGACUACAGCACCAAUAAUCUCCGUUGGAAGUGAGCAUUUGGAGUUGUAUCACGACAAAAAGAUCACUCUUCAAACCAUCGAGAACACACAGCUUAUGCUCAAUGAGCUUCAACCAUUGACGGAAUUGAUGAAACGAGAUGAGAUUCACUUCACGCCUCAACUUGUCUUUUCCAAUACUCUACGAUCCAUUGUCAAUCCACAACAAAUGGAGGAGAAACAACGGAGCGGAAGUAUAUCGGAUGAAAGCCAAAAGCCGGGCAAGCUGGUCUUUGAUAUUGAGAAAGUAGAGGAGUAUGUCUACUCGAGAAGCAAUCCAAUUGAGUCUGCGAAAAUGCUGCUUCAGGAGAGGAAAUUGAGCAACGUCCAAACGACAACUACAAGUACUGCUGCAGCAACUUCCAACAGUUGUGACGAACCUCUUUGAUCUGAAUGUCUCCUUUCUUUUACUUACUUUCAAUGAACUUCUUGGUGUCUCUGAAUAAAUUUGCUUUCGAAUU